AUGUUUUCAACUUUCUCUGUCCCUUGUCUUUUCUUUCUCCUUCUCUUUCUCUAUCAAUCACUCUCUCUCUCUCUCUCUCCCUCUGUCUCUCUGUCUAUCUAUCUAUCUAUUUAUCUAUCUAUUUAUUUAUCUCUAACUCUCUCUCUCUCUCUCUCUCUCUCAUUUAUAAUGAACCACCUUCUCUCUCUCUCUCUCUCUCCUCUUAAUGUCCUCUUUUUUCACACUCUCGCUCAAAAUAUCUCUUUUUUCUCUUUUCCGGCAUAUUUCUUUCUCUCUGUCUCUGUCUCUGUCUCCGUCUCUCUUUCUCUCUCUCUUAAAUUUGCCUUUUUUCUUCUCUUCAAUAUUCUAGCUUUCUUUCUUUCCUUAAAUCUUCUUCCUCUCUCUCUCUCUCUCUCUCUCUCUCUCUCUCUCUCUCUCUGUCGUAUUUAUCAAUCCCUCUUUCUUUUUUCCUUUAACUUCAUCGCUUCAAUGUUUUCCUUUUUUUUCCUUUUCUUAACUCCACUUGCUUUUUGCUUCGUUCUCUCUUCUUUUCGUAGAUUUUUUCAAUCCUUUCAUAUCUUUUAUAAUAUCAGCUUAUUUUCAAAUUUAUGA